AUGUCUGCUACUGUGACCAUCACUCAACCCGUCCAGCCUGACAUUCAAUAUCAUCCUGACUAUGUGAAAUAUCAAGCUCGAACACGCCUUCGUAAAGAGACGGAGUCACUGCAAACUAGUCUACCUGCAGGAUUUCCUCAGAAGUUAACGUCUCCACUCGUCUGGGAGGGGAAGGACAUUGAAAACAGGAGUGACUGGAUCUACAAGCUGAGCGAUGAACAACUGGAUGAGAUCGAUGCAGGACUGAAGAGCUUCAAAGCUCUGAAUAAACCCUUGGGAUACAUUAACGAGUCAACAUUCCCACUGCCAACUCUCCGCCCAGUCUUGAGGGAUCUCUCGAAAGAAAUCCAUCAUGGCCGAGGCUUCUUUGUACUCCGUGGACUGCGAAUCGAUGAUUACUCCCGAGAGGAUAACAUUAUCAUCUAUACCGGCGUAUCUUCUCAUAUCGGAAAUAUUCGCGGUCGCCAACAGGACACUCGACUGCAGAAUGGAAAGUCCCCGGUGAUCUCGCAUAUUAAAGACAUCACAAACACUGUGGAAGCAGAAAAGAUCGGAGCACCUUCCAAUACGGCUGAUAAGCAGGUCUUCCAUACCGAUGCUGGAGAUAUCAUCUCUCUUCUCUGCCUGAGCCCCUCGGCCGAAGGGGGCGAGAGCUACCUUUCAAGCAGCUGGAAUGUGUACAAUAUUCUCGCCAGAGAAAGACCUGAUUUGAUCCAUACCCUUUCUCAGGACUGGCCGAUUGAUGGGUUUGGUAACCCGGACAAGCCAUACACUCUUCGUCCUCUCCUAUACCACCAGCCGGCGACCGAAACCAGCCCGGAGCGUGUGCUCAUUCAAUACGCCCGUCGAUACUUUACCGGAUUCCUCGCCCAGCCUCGAUCCACCAAUAUACCUCCCAUCAGCGAAGCCCAGGCCGAAGCUCUAGACACAUUGCACUUCCUGGCGGAAAAGCAUCGCGCGUCUUUGGGGUUCCAGAAAGGUGAUGUCCAAUACGUCAAUAACCUAAGCAUUUUCCACGCGCGGAAUGGGUUUCACGAUCAACCCGGCAAAGAACGUCAUCUGCUUCGCCUGUGGCUUCGAGACCCGGAGAAUGCAUGGCUCACGCCUGAACCGCUCCAGGACCGUUGGGAUACGGUUUAUAAAGAUGUGACUGAGGAGGAACAGGUAUUCCCGCUGGCACCCGCGCUGCGAAAGAAUAUUGGCUCUUAG